AUGACCGAUCCCACUCGUCGCGUGUCGUCCGAGGCCGUGUCGUCGGGCCAGAGCCCUGCCGCGUCCAUCUACAAGAGCGUCUCGCCAGCCCAGUCGCCCGCUCUCCCACAGACCGGAGGGCCUGGAGGGCCUGGCAUAUCCCACUGGCCCGAGAGGCGCCGCCUUUCCUCCAACUCGGCAACCCAGCCCCAGUCUCUAGGCAUCGCAAAUCGGCCAUCGUCGGGCCAGGCCUCCAUCAGCAGCCAACACCAGCGUCAACCGCCCCAGCAACAGCGCCAGUCGCUCGAGCCCCAGCAUGAGGUCAGGCCCGAUCAGCUAAGCCACCACCUCGCCGAGGCCGCAACACGGCCGCCAAUCCCGCCGCGCUUCACACCCGUCUUCGCCCUGGUGGACGAUGGCACCACCCGUACAACGCACCACCCGCGCGUGCACUACAUCUUCGCCGACGACAACCCCGACGUUCUGACCGAGGCCCUGACCGAGGCCGCAGCCCACCAUCCGCCCCUCGACUCGGCUUCGUUUGCGCUCCCCUUGCCCGUCGACCCGCGAACCGGCAGGCCCCCAGACCGCGCCAUCCUCCUCGACCUAGUCCCGAGCGCCAACGGCGCGGCGCCCGGCUUCUCCAUCGCCGCCGCCAAUUCGCUAAGCGCCGACUUUGCAGUCACGAGCGCCAGCCUGUCGCGUAACAUGGACGACAGCGGGCCCGGGAACGACGGAGCCGGGGAGGACGAUGCGACCGACGGUCACCUUGUGCUCCGCAUCGAGGGCGUCAGCGCCGAGGGCCCACCGAGAUUCCCCGCGACCGCGCUCAAGAGAACCUCGCCCUCGGCAAGCGGCGGCGGCCUCGCCUACUCUGGCGCUAGCAGCGGCAGCGGCAGGUCGCGCGGGGGCGGCGCCCCCAUCACGGGCGGGUCGGAGGAGUUUGUCGCGCUCGCCGAGGACUUUGACCGCCGCAUGGAUGUCAUGAGACGUGUAGUUGAGGCGUUUGAGGCCGGUGCCAAGGCGCAGCGGGAGGCCGACAGAGCCAACCCCGACACGACGAACGCCGCGGCGGGGGAGGGUGCUGGGGAGGCGUUGGAUCAGAGGCGAGGCUCGUGA